AUGAACUGGUCUUCUGGAAACAAAACGACGCAGCUAAUCAUCGUCACGUCCAUAACCCUUCUCUCACCCAUUGGCUCCACCAUCAACGCCGCUGCGACUCUGAAUAUUCUCAAACAGUUCAAUUCCACAAACCAGACCGUCGGCACCCUGGUGACGAACAUCUUCCUUCUGGGAUACACAUUCAGACCACUAGUGAUCGCGCCACUGUCAGAACUAUACGUGUCUGAUAGCCUGGCCUCUUUGGUCGCAUAUCGUUUCCUGGCCGGCGCCAUGGGCUCAUGUCCUGUUACACUCGGUACUGGAUCUAUCGCCGAUAUGGUGGCAACGGAGAAGCGUGCUGGAGCCAUGGGCGCGUAUAUCAUCGGUGCUGUCUUGGGGCCAGCCAUCGGUCCCGUUAUUGGCGGUUAUCUUGCCCCAGCAGCGGGGUGGCGCUGGACCUUUUGGAUCAUGGCUAUCGCAUGCGGUGUCAUGACCCUGGUGUCUAUCUUGUUUGUGCGCGAGUCGUACCCUUACGUCCUGCUUGAACGCAGCGCACAGCGUUUGCGAAAAGAGACGGGCAAUUUGCGUCUGCGGUCUGCGUUAGACACUGAGAAGACGCCAAGGAGUCUCUUUGUCUUCUCCAUCACCCGUCCACUAAAGUUGCUCUUAUCCCCGAUCGUCUUCUUGCUUUCCCUCUACGCCGCUAUCGUAUAUAGCUAUCUCUAUCUCUGCUUCACUGCUUUCGAGAUCGUAUUCUAUGGCCAGUACAGUUUCUCUAGCGGCGAGGCUGGCUUGGCAACACUCGGCAUAGGCAUCGGCUCGGUGCUGAGAUGCGUCAUAUGUGGCGUGGCUGCGAAUGCCGUCUCCAAGAUAUUGACCGCGAAGCACGGUGGUGAUCCAAAGCCAGAGUACCGACUGCCACCCAUGAUACCUGGUGGCUUGUGCACGCCAAUUGGCUUGUUCUGGUACGGAUGGUCUGCGCAGGCUAGAGUGCAUUGGAUUGUGCCUAUCGUUGGUACGGUCUUCAUUGGCAUGGGCAUGGUCUUCAACUAUGUAAGACUUCCUUCUGGCAUCCCAACGACCUUUCAGCAUCCAGAUGACUAA